CGCAGAUGCAACACUGAUAUCCCGUCACUGCGACCCGACGCUUCAUCCAGUUCUUGCUUGCUUUCUUUGUAUUCUUGAGCUCGGGGGCAAGUUCAACGGAUCUUUGACCAUCGCUAUUUGGAAAAAGACAUAGACGACGGUCACGAACAAGUCACGAACACUAUACACGAUCAUAAUCGGAAUAGAGUCUGCUAACCACCACGCUUUACUUACCAUGUUCCUCGCCGAUUCCAUCUCACGCUUCGGUCGCGAAGUUGUCGGUGCCCUCCUCGUUGCUGUCGGCCGUCUAGACAAGUCCUUCAAACCAUCAGAUACCAUCGACCGCCUACGCCGACACAACUUCACAUGGCGUGACUCCAUUUACAUCUUCCACGUCCUCAAUGCCAUCUUCUGGCUCACCGUCAUGCAAGCUCCUCCAUUCCCCUACAAACUCGCCAUACCCAUCCUCUACGCCAUUGCCCUCCUUAUCCCGUUCACCUCCCAGUUCUUUGUCCCAGCUACACCCAUCUUCGCUUGGCUCCUCACCUUCUACUCGAACCAGUUCCUCGCCGCCGAGUACCGCCCCGAGGUGCACGUCGUCCUCCUCCCCACCCUCGAGUCCGUCCUCUACGGCGCCAACAUCUCAGACAUCCUCACGCGCUUCACCCACCCCGUCCUCGACGUCCUCGCCUGGAUCCCCUACGGCGUCGUACACUACACCUUCCCGCUCGUCCUCUCCGCUCUCAUCUGGCUCUUCAAGCCCCCGCUCGCCCUCCGCACAUGGGCGACCACCUUCGGCUACAUGAACCUCACCGCCGUCGUCUGCCAGAUCGUCAUCCCCUGCGCCGCCCCCUGGUACGAGCUCAUCUACGGCCUCACCCCCGCCAAAUACGGCACACCCGGCUCCGCGGGCGGCCUCGCGCGCAUCGACGCGCUUUUUGGCUCGGACGGGUACGCGAAGACGUUCGGCGCGUCUCCGCUCGUGUUUGGCGCGUUCCCGAGUCUGCACGCGGGCUGGGCGACGCUCGAGGCGCUGUUCCUUUCGCAUUUUUGGCCGCGCACGGCGCGCUAUGCGUGGGCGUACGCGGGCGUGCUGUAUUGGGCGACGAUGUACCUCUCGCACCACUAUCUCAUCGAUGUCGUCGGUGGCGGCUGCCUCGCCAUGUCGUUCUUCUACCUCCUCGUCCCCGAGGAGCUCCGUGCAGACGCGAGCGGUGUUGUCGGUGCGGCGCAGGGCGCCAAGUACGAGCAGUACGAUUUGGAGAACAGGCGCACGCGGAGGAUGAGCGAGGACGAUGAGUUUGGGAGCGGGAGCGAUGUCGCGGACUGGGGCGAGGAGCGCGAGGAGGAUAUCAUGUUCCGCUCGCCGAAUCCUAGGGGCGCAGCUGGUGGCUCUCAGAGUCAGGGCGAAGGCAGCGGGAAAGCUGCCAAUGGAUCCGCCGAUCCGCAGAAGGGCACUUCAAGCGGUGACGGCAAGAGCCACAAGCACACGGCGAGCAUUGCGAGCCUCAUUCGCGCAGACAAGGGCUCCGCGGAGGAGACGUGGAGCCCGAUUGGGAGCUCUGGGUUCGUGUUCCCGCCGGCGUCGUCGGGUGAGGGUAGGCGGUAGAGGUGGUCGGCUCGGAGGGAACAGCUUUUCUCAUUUACGCGUAUUACACUCAUCUGUUAAUGAUACAAUUCAUCAUACCC